AUGACCCAGUCGCCUACUCAUCCUGCUGCGGCCUCCACUCCAGCACCAUGUCUCUAUGCGCAUGAUGCGCACUCCAUCUUGCCGGUCCUGGCUGCGCAUCUGCCGCACUCCAUCACCGUCUUCCGGCGUCUCCAGCAUGGCCUCGCGUAUCCCAGCUCCACCGCCAAGAUCCUGGCCACUUUCCCACCCGGCGUGACCCCGACGGCCACGGCCACCCCGUGGCUGGCUGCGCGAGUGGAUCUUUUCCGUGGCCGGGAGACCCAGAUGCUCAUCUACUCCAGCCUCGAAGCGGAGCACACGUCAAUUGACCCGAUCAGCCCUGUCGCCCAGUGUAAUGGCGCCGCUACCACCACCCCGGGUCCCGAUACGAUCAGCUACUACGCCGCUACCUUCGCGACGGCCACCCCGGCCGCUCUCGACACGGUCCGGGCCCAAUUAUUGGCCCUGCUCGCGCAUGUCAAGACCCAUCUCCUACCCGAGUACCUGUCAUCCCUGCCAGCAGCGCCAUCAGCUGAAGCCCCGUCCGCGAUGGCGCCUGCACUCUCGUCUCCGCCUUCUUCUUCCAGUCUAUUGACCUCUUCCUCCUCUUCUUCCUCUCCUUCUUCGUCCCCCAAAUCCUCCGACGUUGCACUCAUCCCGCCCCCCGACCCGCAUGCCUUCCUCAUCGGCGCCCUCCACACAGCCCUCUACACCUUACUCACUUGCUCCUCCUCCUUUCCCUCCCCAAACCAACCCUUCAAUCCUCUCCCGGGCCUGCGCAUCCACCGCAUCGACAACCCCCCUACAACAAAUUUUUCUUCCCCCGUUCCGCGCUACCGCUACCACAACAAUGCUGGCCUCCUCGGCGUCCAACCCGCCCACCUAGACCUCGUCCAGAGCCGCACACACAUCCCGCGCUCGCGCGCGCAGCUCUCCACCAUGCCCAGCGUCGCGGUGUACUGCGAUGCCGAGUCCGGCACCGAGGAGGCGCCCAUUGCGUGGGCGUUCUUGGGCAUGGACGGCGCCGUCGCGACGCUUUUCGUAGAGCCGGCGCAUCGUGGACGCGGGCUGGCGCUGUCGUUGUCGCGUGAGACGAUGCGCUGCGGUAUGGAUGCGGAGGGUGUGUUUGGGGAUGUUGGGGUGCAGGGUGCCAGCGGUGCGGAUUGGGUGCAUACGGAGGUUGCGCAAAAUAAUCGGGCUAGUGCCAGGGUGAUGGAGAAAAUUGGCGGAGAGGUGUUGUCGACGGUGAUGUGGACGGUUGUUGAGGUGCUGUGA